AGAAAAUGCCCAUCACAAAUGACAGUGCAAUAACAGAAUUCAUUCUCCUGGGGCUCACCGAUCGCCCCGAACUCCAGACUCUCCUCUUUGGGCUGUUUCUGCUUGUGUACAUCGUCACUCUCUUUGGCAACCUGGGCAUGAUAGUGUUGAUCAGACUGGACUCACACCUUCACACGCCCAUGUACUUCUUCCUUAGUAAUUUAGCCUUCGUUGACUUGUGCUAUGCCUCCAACGCCACCCCACGGAUGUUGGCUAAUUUCCUCUUAGAGAAGAAGACCAUCACCUUUGCUGGCUGCUUUACACAGUGUUACAUUUUCAUUGCUCUCCUUCUCACUGAGUUUUAUAUGCUGGCAGCCAUGGCCUAUGACCGCUACGUGGCCAUAUGCAACCCUCUGCGCUACAGUGUGAAAAUGUCCAGGCAGGUGUGCACCUGCUUGGUCACAUUUCCUUAUGUCUAUGGCUUCUCAGAUGGCCUCUUACAAGCCAUCCUGACCUUCCGCUUGAUCUUCUGUAGAUCCAAUGUCAUCAACCACUUCUACUGCGCUGACCCGCCGCUCAUUAAGCUUUCGUGCUCUGACACUUAUGUCAAAGAGCAUGCCAUGCUCAUAUCAGCGGGCUUCAAUCUCUCCAACUCCCUCACCAUCAUCCUGGUGUCGUAUGCCUUCAUUAUUGCCACCAUCCUCCGGAUCAAAUCAGCAGAAGGAAGGCACAAAGCAUUCUCCACCUGCGGUUCCCACAUGGUGUCUGUUACCCUAUUUUAUGGGACACUCUUCUGUAUGUAUGUAAGACCACCAACAGAUAAAACUGUUGAGGAAUCCAAAAUAAUAGCUGUCAUCUACACCUUUGUAAAUCCAGUGCUGAAUCCAUUAAUCUACAGUGUGCGGAACAGAGAUGUAAAGCGGGCAUUGAAGAAUGUCCUGAGGCGAAAUGUGGUCACUAAGAGGACACUGCCUCCACUUUCCAAUAAACCAUAACUCUAAGCCUUUGGCUCAAAUGU